CUUGUAAUGCAAAUUUUCCCCCUCGGAAAAUCAAGUGGAGAGGAGAGAUCAGAAGCUUCUUCUGUUAAAAUUAAAAAUGCAGAAACUGCUGCACCUACUUUAACUGAAGCAAAAAUACAGCGUCAAGAUUUCAGCAUGUCAAGAGAAGCCAAGAGAAUUCAUGAUGACCGAGAUGUUACUAGAAAUAAUCUUCAUUUGAACGAAACACCAAAUGGAAGGUCAAAUCAUUCUGUAAAUGUCAUCAAGAAGCAGAAUCAAUUAACAGAGAUGGAAAUGCCUCAAAUUGCUUAUGUUUCAUCUGAACCUAUUGCUCAUGCAUUUUCUCUAAAAAAAUCAAAGAAAGGAGGUCCAUGCUGGGAAUAUCUGGCAGGUCAUGAAGAAGGUGAAACUUACAAGUCUAUCUUGAAUGAAACCAAGGGUCAUGCACAAGUGAAGAGGAGAAGAAGGACAAAGAGAAAGCCUUGCAAGUUUCUGACUGGCCAAAGAGAGGAUGGUUCAAAGAUUAGGACUGAGAAAGAGAUGCCAAAACCUGGUGCUAGUGAUCUUGGAAGGUCCAUUAAUUCAGGGAAACAAUUUGGUGGAACUUUAUCUUUGAAGGAGCUUCCUGGUUAUUCUUCACGCCCUGUCUGGUUUUGUCUGCUUGCAUGUCAAGAAAAGAAAGGCAUGGCAUUGCCUCAGAUACCAAAACCCUUUAUUAGUACCAGGAAUGGAGACUUAGCAGUAUCCUUUGUGAACAAGUACCUCGCUCGGAAGCUAAACCUCAAACACGAAUCUGAGGUGGAAGUCAUGUGUUUAGGUCACUCAUUGGUCCCAACCUUAACGCUUAACAACCUGAUAGACAUAUGGGUAGAUGCCGCAUCGAAUAUGGGACCAGUGUCGGUUAACUGUAAUGCAGACAAUGGUAAUGGCGGAAACUUUGUGAUGGAAUUAACAUAUAGAAGAACCAAGAAGCAGAGAGCUCUGCAGUCAAAUUUGGAUUUGAUGGAACCGUGAUAUCCUCCACCAGCGGAUGCUUUUCUUGUUGCUGAUGACCUUUUCAGAUGAUCCAGUGUGGUAAAUUGGUAAUUUUCAUAAAACAGAAAUAUCUAAAAUGGAUGCUGUGAAUUGAAAGAAGGAUUCCAAGUCCCGACCUUGCUACAGGAGCGUGAUAUCUCCUUAGUGUACCUAGAAUACAACUGUUUCAAUCAAUCAUGUUUGUCGUUUUUGUUCAUUAUUGGGUGUUGAUUUCAUUAGUUUUGGCCGACUGAUAUCAACUCAGGUCAUCUUAAUAAUUGCAAACUCAGUCCUAACGACAAGGAGGUUUGUUGUACAGUCAGUUGUCCACCGUAAUUUUCGUUCAGCUCAUUUCCUCUA